AUGCUUCGUUCUCCUUACCCUCACACUACGAAGACGGAAGACUCCUCUCGGAAGUAUCUUCGCUUCUUCACUUCGAUCAUCUACAUUCUUGUUAUACUUGUCGUCGUCGCUGCUUGUCUGUGGAGCUGUUACCUGACUUGGACUCUCAUCGACGAUUCCCUCUAUGCCGCGCUGUCUCCUCAAGAGUUGACCCGGCUUGCUCACUCGCAAGGAGUGAAUCUUUUCAUACCAGUGAACCCCCUGGGGGUGACGAAAAUCGUCGUUAUUUGCAUGGCGGCCGUCGCUUGCGCUGCUGGUUUCAUCGGAGGUGUACAGCAUCUGUCGGCUACUAUCAGGGAAACGAAUCCGUACAAAUGUAUCCUCCCGGGGCUGUAUCUUCUUUUCCUCAUCUUCCUGGUGGUAGCCGGCGUCCUCGUCGCCGGAGCAUGCUUUGGCAUGUCACACCUAAGCAAAGCUGUGGAUGAGCAGAUCGAUCAGCAGCUCGUGAAGGCGAGCGAGGAGACAGGAGGUCUCAUAUCACCAAAUCUCAAAGAAGAUGUCGCCAAGUUCAUAACCCCGCUAGUGGCCUUUUACGAUACCUUUAAAUGCACUACGACUGAGAAGGUGGACUGUUGGUCCGCUGAGGUUGGGAAAAUCACAUGUUCGCCAGCAGCAAAUGCUCGUGCUGUGGCGGCAGCGAAUGAGGUUUGUUCACUCCCUCCUCGUCUCGAUCGUCACUUCUCUGCUAGCUCGAAUCAAUGCUCUAAUUGUUUCACCGCUCAUGGACAUACGCAGGCUGCGCAGGUGCUCUGUCUGUGCAGCUCACUGUUGCAAACAUGGAUUGAUGCUGUGAGCCCGAAGGGAAGAGGAGUAUGGGUAACAGUGGCUUUCAUUGAUGUCGUCGUCGCCGCUGUAUGUGGACUUCUUCUCAUCGUGUGGAUUAUGAGACGAUUGGCGUGUCCAGCGGCCUUACGGAAGUCUUCGGAAACUUAAUUAUUUAUGUCAAGAUCAUUCGAGCCUCUUCUGAUGUACAGAGGUUCUGUAUUUUCCCGUUUACUCAACUGAGAGAUGCAAC